CUUCUUUUCAUAUCUCAACAUGGCUUUGACAGAAAAGUACUUUUUAGGUCUAGAUUUAUCAACACAACAAUUGAAAUGUACUGUGAUCAAUGAUAACCAUAUCAUUGUGUAUGAAGAUGCAGUCAACUUUGGACGUGACCUUCCUGAAUAUCAUACCAAUAAUGGCGCCAUUUCACAUGGGAAUGAUGUUGUCACUUCACCUCCUCUUAUGUGGGUUCAAGCUAUGGAUAUGUUAUUAUCUCGAUUGGCGAAAACACCUUAUGUAUCCAACAUUAUGGGUAUUUCCGGUGCUGGUCAGCAACAUGGUAGCGUGUAUUGGGCUGAAAAAGGAACACACGUUUUGAAACAAUUGGACUUUAAUAAAACAUUGGUAGAACAAUUGACUGAUGGUGGAUUUGCUAUUGAACAAUCACCUAUUUGGCAAGAUUCAAGUACAUCUGUACAGUGUCGACAAUUGGAAGCAUUCGUAGGUGGACCUGAUAUACUGGCUCAAAUGACUGGAUCGAAAGCAUAUGAAAGGUUUACUGGAAAUCAAAUAGCAAAGAUCCAUCAAUAUCAUCAAGAUCAAUAUAAGAAUACGGUAUGGAUUACAUUGGUUAGUUCAUUCAUGACUACUUUACUUUUGGGUAAAUUGGGACCUAUGGAUGCAGCUGAAGCAUCUGGAACAAAUAUGAUGGAUAUACGGAAACAUCGUUGGUUAGAUCAAUUACUUGAAUUUUGUGGUGGAAAAGAAUUGCGGGAUAAACUUGGAUUACAACCUAUUGACAUUGUCCAUCCUUUGGGGCCAAUCAAUACGUACUAUGUGCAACGUUAUGGAUUCAACUCAGAUUGUCAAAUCAUGCCUUUCACUGGGGAUAAUUCGGCUACAUUGGUUUCAAUGAAUCUUAGACAUGGAGAUUGCGUUGUAUCUCUUGGAACAUCAGACACGGUACUUGUAUCUCUCAAAAAGGCAGAAACGACAACAGAAUCUCAUCUGAUGGCUCAUCCUACUGACUCUUCUGCAUUUAUGGGCAUGUUAUGUUACAAGAAUGGAUCAUUAACUCGACAACAUUUCCGAGAUAUUUACGCGGAGCAUGAUUGGGAUACAUUCAACGAUUUGCUAACUUCAACACCGUCUACGUCACAAUACAUGGGCUUUUAUUAUUGGAUGCAAGAAAUCAUUCCUUUUGCAAAAGGUAUUUAUCGAUUCAACAAUGGAGAAUUACUAGAUGAUGACUUUACAAUGGACAAUAACAGUAAAAAAUCAGGUAUCAACAUACGAUGUUUAAUUGAAUCACAGUUUUUAUCCAUGAGAGUUCGAUUGGAACGUAUGAUGGGUGGAACAACAAAUCAAGGACAACUACAACGUAUAUUGGCAACAGGUGGUGCAUCAGCGAAUCAUACUAUUUUACAAGUCCUUUCUGAUGUAUUUGGUAUUCCAGUUUACAAGAAAAAAGAAGGAUCUAACGGUGCAUCUUUUGGUGGAGCAUUACUUGCCAAGUAUGGACUAUUAUCGGACACUAUUUCAUUUGAUGAUAUGGUCCACCAAGACGAUGAUGAUGGUUCUCUACAAUUAAUUUGUGAACCUAAUUUGUUGAUGACUUCUGAUUAUAGUCGUCGAUUGGAUGAAUAUACUAGAUUAGAAAAUAUAGUUUUAGAAAAGUAUGGAUUAUGAUUUGAAAUAAAAAAACUUUUUUUUUUUGCAUGAUGAUGA